AUGAACAACAACGAUAGCCCCACUUCAGCUUUGGUCAUCCUCGAUAAAGAAUACACCUAUCCACCUUUACCUCCUAUCACCGAUGCCAAACUGGAAGAAGUCGUAUUCACUCAUCGAUCGCUGGUCAACGCUUUGCCUGUCAGUAUGCGAGGUGAUAUGGAAAGUUAUGACAAAUUGGCUCAUGUCGGUGAUUCUUUGCUCAGUGAGGCAUCGAUGCUCUCAUACCAUCAACCUUGGACGAUAGAAAUUAUCCCCAUCUAUCCUUUCCACGUUUCCUAUUGA